CAGCAGGAGCAGCAGUGUGCUCAGAAGCAGUAACACGAACAGCAGCAGGAGUAGGCCUCCUCUUGCACAAAGCAGGAAACUGCAGCCCCGUGAAAUGCAAGAUCCUCUGAUGUUCGAAAAUCUCCCGAGUUGAGAAUGGCUAUUGUAAAAAACGUUGCCAAGAAACUCUAAUGAUCCGGCCCAUCGUAACCAUGCGUUAGCACUAGUUACUGCAGGGAAAUGAAUGAUACUUUGGGUAGAUUUCUGGUCCAUAGACAACUCUCUGAAGAAGAAGAGAGCAAAUUACCUGCAAAAGAAAAACAAGGACCACAAAGUUUGGGCAUGCCUGCCAGAACGGUGGUGUUUUUAGAAACUACCUAGGAGGCAGAAGCUAAGUGUUGAUUUGCCCAUGCCUCUUACCUGGGAGCCGAAGGUGGGAAGAAAUGGACAGUGGCUCUCAUGAGAAGACAAGGCACAGUGCAGCUCGGUGAAGCCACACGCUGACUGCGUUCUGCACCGCUCUUCAUGCAGUGCUGUGGGCUGGUGCAUCGGCGGCGAGCACGGGUGUCCUAUGGUUCGGCAGACUCCUACACCAGCCGUCCAUCCGAUUCAGAUGUCUCUUUGGAGGAAGAUCGGGAGGCAGUGCGCAGAGAAGCAGAGCGACAGGCACAGGCCCAGCUGGAAAAAGCAAAGACAAAGCCUGUUGCAUUUGCAGUUCGAACAAAUGUCAGCUACAGUGCUGCUCAUGAAGAUGACGUUCCAGUCCCCGGCAUGGCCAUCUCAUUUGAAGCAAAAGAUUUUCUGCAUGUUAAGGAAAAAUUUAACAAUGACUGGUGGAUAGGGCGAUUGGUUAAAGAAGGCUGUGAAGUCGGAUUCAUUCCAAGCCCGGUGAAACUAGAAAACAUGAGGCUACAGCAUGAACAGAAAGCCAAGCAAGGGAAAUUCUACUCCAGUAAAUCAGGAGGAAACUCAUCAUCCAGUUUGGGUGACAUAGUACCUAGUUCCAGAAAAUCUACACCUCCAUCAUCUGCUAUAGACAUAGAUGCUACUGGCUUAGAUGCAGAAGAAAAUGAUAUUCCAGCCAACCACCGCUCCCCUAAGCCCAGUGCAAACAGUGUAACGUCACCCCACUCCAAAGAGAAAAGAAUGCCCUUCUUUAAGAAGACAGAGCACAUGCCUCCUUAUGAUGUGGUACCUUCCAUGCGACCAGUGGUCUUGGUGGGCCCUUCUCUGAAGGGGUAUGAGGUCACAGAUAUGAUGCAAAAAGCGUUGUUUGAUUUUUUAAAACACAGAUUUGAAGGGCGGAUAUCCAUCACAAGGGUCACUGCUGACAUCUCGCUGGCCAAACGCUCAGUGUUAAACAACCCCAGUAAGCACGCAAUCAUAGAAAGAUCCAACACAAGGUCAAGCUUAGCGGAAGUUCAGAGUGAAAUCGAAAGGAUUUUUGAACUUGCAAGAACAUUGCAGCUGGUAGUCCUCGAUGCGGACACGAUUAAUCAUCCGGCCCAACUCAGUAAAACCUCCCUGGCCCCGAUCAUAGUUUAUGUGAAGAUUUCCUCUCCGAAGGUUUUACAAAGGUUAAUAAAAUCUCGAGGGAAAUCUCAAGCUAAACACCUCAAUGUCCAGAUGGUAGCAGCGGAUAAACUGUCUCAGUGUCCUCCAGAGUUGUUUGAUGUGAUCUUGGACGAGAACCAGCUCGAGGAUGCCUGUGAGCACCUGGCCGAUUACCUGGAGGCCUACUGGAAGGCCACCCACCCCGCCAGCAGCAGCCUCCCCAACCCCCUCCUUAGCCGGUCGUUAGCCACUUCAACUCUACCUGUGAGCCCCGCUCCAGCCUCUAAUUCACAGGGUUCUCAAGGUGGUCAGAGGACUGACCGCCCCGUCCGUUCUGCUCCCCAAGCGGAAGAAGAGCCCUGCCCGGAGCCAGUCAAGAAGUCCCAGCACCGAUCUUCGUCGUCCGCUCAGCAUCACAACCAUCGCCGUGGGACGGGUCGGGGCCUCUCCCGGCAGGAGACGUUUGACUCGGAAACCCAGGACAGUCGAGAUUCUGCCUACGUGGAGCCGAAGGAAGACUAUGAACACGUGGACCACUGUGCCCCGCACCGUGACCACAACCACCGCGACGAGCCCCACGGCAGCAGUGAGCACAGGCACCGGGAGUCUCGGCACCGUGCCAGGGACCUCGACCGAGAGCAGGACCACAACGAAUGCAACAAGCAACGAAGCCGCCAUAAAUCCAAGGAUCGCUACUGUGACAAGGAUGGAGAAGGCACGUCCAAGAAACGGACUGAGGCUGGGGAGUGGAACCGGGAUGUUUACAGCCGCCAAUGACUUUGGCCCUUUUGUGUGUUUCUUUUUUUAAAGUCUUGUAUAACAGCACCCUCAAACGAAAUCUUUGGGGUCUACAUUGCAAUCAUAUGUGAUCUGUCUUGUAUAUUUUGUAUUGCUGUUGCUUACCUAGCAAUAGCAUGAAAUAGAGUAUUAAUAUACAUUUUUUUUCUUUUGUAAGUGCUAUAUAAAUUCGCCUGGUACCGCUGCAGUCCUCCGGUUGUGUACUGGACUUUUCAAAAACUGUUUGGGGUAGCUGCCACUCUGAACAAAAUCUGCUGCCAUUAGUAUUUUAAGAAAUGUAGUUGAUGUAUCCAGUAAGCCAGAAUUGGCCCAGGUAAAAAGUGGAAGUUCUUGAUUCUACAGAUUUUUAAUAUGUAGGCAUCUGAUUUGCAUAUUCAUUCAUCCAUGGACCACUGUUUCUUGCUUGUACCUCUGGCUGACUAAAUUUGGGGACAGAUUCAGUCUUGCCUUACACAAAGGGGAUCAUAAAGUUAGAAUCUAUUUUAUAUGUACUAGUACUGUGUACUGUAUAGACAGUUUGUAAAUGUUAUUUCUGCAAACACCUUCUUAUAAUUAUAUAUAAUAUAUAUAUGAGUUUGAUCACACUAUUUUAGAGUCUUAAUGCCAAUUCAGCAGAUUUGCUUUAUGAAUUACAGGGACUAGAAAUGCCCACAUUCAGGAAAUUUGUAAUAACAUCUAGGCACCUAUCCCCAUUCUAGUAGAAAGUCUGUAUAUACUGUAAAUACGUGUGAUUGCUUGACUCGAAAAGGGUUGAUUUCCGAAUGUUUUACCAUCCUUGUAAGUUUAUAAUUUUGACCAUAAAUUAUGGUAAAUAUAACCAAACUCCAAAGGUUGUUCUAAUCCAUGCAGUUCACACUGAUUGUGACAAACACAUUCUUAGUAGCUAGUGUCUCUGUCACUGCACUGGAGCCCAUGGGCCGGAACUCUGUAUGCACGUGCGUCUGUGUGUCAGUGUGUGUGGUGAUUGUUUGAGAUGAAUCUGAAUGCUGAAGACAAAUGAAGAAACUAGAGACUGAUAUCCAGAAUUCGACCCACCUGGCUUUGUACUGAAUCGUGCUGUGUAUUCCUUUAAUGAUCCGUUGAGCAGUCAGGGAGCGUGCUGCCAAAGGUGACUGGGAAAGCAUUCAUCUGUUGGCUCCUUGUUUUUGCUCCUAGAGAGUAAAAAAUACAGGCAACUUUUAACUGUGAGUGUUUCACUGGAAAUGUACAAUUUGUGUGUGUUCGAGUAUUUGUUAUAGUAAGAAACGUUUACACAGCUUGUAGAAUUAUUUCGUGGGAAAAUAAAUUUUUCUAACUCCUCCCACUUCCUUUUCUAAACCUGCCUAUCCUCCCUGUUAUCUCCCUGUUAUCGCCCUGUCAUUCCAUCCCCCACCCCCAACUCGAACAGUUUCACUGUCUGUCAAAACCUAGAAGUGCUUCUUAUAACCAAAGUUUCUGCUCUUCAGAAGUAAUCAGGGCAUAUGGGGUGACUUGCAGUGAACAAGAUGUUAAGAAUAUUUUCCUACACAUCAGACAUCGACUCUGAAGGGGAAGCCAGAAGACUUGCCUCACGGAUAUUGCUGUAAGCAGCUCACAAUGUGGUUGUCACACUAAGGCUGAAACCUUCUCCAUGUCUCUAAAGUGUACACUUUGUCCAGUUACGACUGGGCAGAUAAGACAGUAUUAAGUGUGCAAGUUGCUAGCACUUGAAGUUUGUCCCUGGAAAAUGCCUAUCUAUAAUUGCCUGACUUCAGAUUUGUACAUUAUAUAAUUAUGAUUAUUCUGUUAAAUACAUGAAUCUACUUUUUAUUUGGCUCCUUUGAUUAUUCCAGAUCUUGCCAAAUAUUCUUGGAUCUUUAGAAGUAAAAUUGUUUCAUCACUUUUAACUCCUUAUUUCGCCUACUCCCAAGAAAACUCAAGAGUUUUAAAAAUGAGUUACGCAUAGUGUUGUAUCAGCUAAUAUGAAACAUUUCCCUCAGAAUCAAUGCAUUUGUUAAUUAGCUCUGUAAUGUUGACAUGAAUUUAUUUACUGAAUAUAAAAACUGUAGUCAUAAUAUAUAAAUUGAUGCAAAAUAGUCACAUCAUCAGGAAACCAUAUUCUAAUUAAGACUGCUUUUAUGAAGUAUUUCCGAUAAACGUUCCGUCACGGUAAGAUGUUGCUGACAACCAGCCUCAUCCUUUGCUACAUCUAAUUUCAUCCCGAAACUUCAGAAUACUUAAAUUCUUGAAGCAUAACUGGUAUUUAUCUAACCUGCUGCUAUCAUUAAUCCCUUUCAAAGAGUCGUGCUAAUGGAGUCCAUUUUUUAAAUUCUGUACCUGGAUUCUUAGCUUUUCACUUUGCUGUGAAACAUGUAAGUCCGAAUCAGAGUAUUCCUCAAAAAACUGUAUUACAGGAUUUGACAUAAGACCAUCUAUACAUGAAAACUGUACAGCGGGCAUAUCUGUAAAUGGUGUGUACUAAAUCUGUAAACGAGAAGUAAUCCCAGGGACAAUGGGGUAUUUACUGACCUGUGG